UCCCAUUGACCUCUCCCACUCUCUGUCUAUGAAUACCACUACCUUUACACGACCAUCUUUACACAUAUAUGAAUAUAACUAUAUAUAUACCUGUUUGGUGCUUCCAAAACAUCAUCGCACAGAAUUGAUAAAGCUCAUUUCCAUUUCCAUUUCCAUUUCCAGUCUCAUUCUCUCUAUCAAUCAACCUUUUUGCAAUAAUAUAAUAGUCAAAAGCAUCACUGUAAGCCGUUCAAAACUAAUGGCUUCGUCUUCUCUGCCUUCCUCUCCUCUUCAACUCCAAUUCCCUUCCCAAACACCGUCAAAGCGUUCGUCCAAGGCGUCAACUCGUACACUCGCUGUCUAUCCCAUCUCCGCUUCCAUAUCUGAGAAACCAAAUGUGCCGGCACCACCACCUCCGGCUAGGGUGAAGCCGACGGAGGCCACCAAAAAGCUUCCUAUCCGGCCAAUCCCAGGAAACUACGGCCUUCCAUUUGUGGGUCCCAUCAAAGACCGACUGGAUUACUUUUACAAUCAAGGCCAAGACGAGUUCUUCAAGUCCCGAGUUGAGAAGUACGAAUCAACCGUGUACCGAGUGAACAUGCCACCUGGUCCGUUCAUUUCCUCCAACUCAAACGUCGUCACCGUCCUCGACGGCAAGAGCUUUCCGGUUCUUUUCGACGUGACUAAGGUCGAGAAGAAGGACCUCUUCACUGGGACCUACAUGCCCUCCACUGAACUCACCGGUGGUUACCGAGUCCUCUCCUAUCUCGACCCGUCCGAGCCGAAACACGACAAGCUCAAGCGGCUCCUAUUCUUCCUCUUGAAAUCUAGUCGCGCCAAGGUCAUACCGGAGUUUCACAACAGCUUCACCGAGCUAUUCGAGACCCUUGAGAGUGGGCUAGCCACUGAUGGCAAAGCCGACUUCGGCGGACCCAAUGAUCAGGCCUCGUUUAACUUCCUGGGUCGGUCUCUCUUCGGGACCAACCCGGCCGAUACCAAACUCGGAACCGACGGACCCAAUAUAAUCGCCAUAUGGGUGGUGUUCCAAAUCGGUCCUAUACUCGUUGCCGGCUUGCCGAAGCUUCUAGAAGAACUUCUCCUCCACACCUUUCCUUUACCACCAUUCCUCAUCAAAAAGGACUACCAGAGACUCUACGACUUCUUCUACGAGUCAUCGACAACAAUUCUAGACGAGGCCGAGAGGCUCGGCAUCUCGAGAGAAGAAGCUUGUCACAACCUGUUAUUCGCCGCCUGCUUUAAUUCCUUCGGUGGCAUGAAAGUCUUCUUCCCCAGCAUGGUGAAUUGGAUCGGCCAAGCAGGUGUCAAACUGCACACACAACUGGCCGAGGAGAUCCGAUCAGCCGUCAAAUCCAACGGCGGGAAUGUGACGAUGGCAGCCAUGGAACAGAUGCCAUUGAUGCAGUCCGUUGUGUUCGAAUCGUUCCGGAUCGAACCACCCGUACCAUUUCAGUACGGCCGGGCCAAACGUGACCUGGUGAUAGAGUCUCACGACGCGGCGUUUGAGGUCAAAAAAGGGGAAAUGAUAUUCGGGUACCAACCGUUUGCGACAAAGGAUCCGAAGAUAUUCGACAGACCCGAAGAGUUCGUGCCGGAUCGGUUUGUGGGUGAGGAAGGAGAGAGUCUUUUGAAGCACGUGCUAUGGUCAAACGGGCCCGAAACCGAGUCUCCUACGGCCGGCAACAAACAGUGCGCCGGAAAAGAUUUCGUGGUCUUGAUGUCGAGAUUGUUGGUGGUGGAAUUGUUCCUCCGUUACGAUUCGUUCGAGAUCGAGGUGGGUAGCGCUUCCGUUACGUUCACCUCCGUAAAGAGAGCCAGUUUCUGACUAAAGCAACUUUUAAAAGUAACACAUAAAAGUAACACACUCAAAGAAAAUAGCAGAUUUAAGGGAAAACAAUAAUAAUAGUGCAAAUACUGUGUAUCUUUUGAUAACCCUGCCUUAUUUAUACAAAUGUAUUCAGAUU